AAAUUCUCAAGUCCUCUCAGAGAGUAAGUCGCCGUCGGUUUUUACCCCCACUAUGGAAAAACAAGUCUAAUCUCACGCCGUCACUACACGUUAACAUUACAAACCGACGCCGAUUUACUCUCUGGGAGGACUUUAACUUAUUCUUUUUAAAGUAAAAUUAAAAAAGUUCGGUUAGUACGGGUCAUGGCCCAGUCUUCAAUGACUCAGAUCUAAAUUUAAAAAAGUGUAAAUUACAUCAAUUGAUCUCAUUAAAUCAGUACAAAUACUAAUAGAUUAUUUUUUUAGUAUUGGUAAUAAAUUUACGAAUUCUCGUUGACGAUUUUUCGGUUUUUUGUUUCAUUAUACUAAGUGAUGAAAAUUUUAAAUAAAAAAUCAAACAAAAUGAUGAACUAAAAGUGGCAUUAGUGGUGGCCGUCUUCUCCGCCAUUUUGUUCAUUCAAAACAACAAUAAAAGAUAGCACUCUAACGAGGUUUGUUAUAUUAUAAUAAAGUGCAAUAAAACUUAGUAACUAUAAUUCAUCCGAUUACGCGGUAAAUAAUCCAAAGUUUAAAAUAUCCCAUAAUUUCUUUUUACGGAAACUCUGUAUUUCCGUUGAUUAAAAUGAAUGAAAUACAAGCUCAGAAAAAUGGAAUAAAUGAGUUUAUAAUGAAUAACAAUUCAAUAAGAAAUAAUAAUUUCUGCAAGGCAAAAAGUGUUGAUGACAAAGUUAUCGGAUAUAAUGACAAUGGAAUAAAAAAACCAAAUAUUAAUAACUCAAUCCAGAUGUGCGACAAUAAAAUGACCAAUAGUAAUAAUGAUAUUUUAACAAAUAAAAAUAAGAUUAUUAACAAUUCAUUAGAUGACGAUCAACGAAGGGUAUUAUUAAAUACGACAGUAGAUCCAGCGCAUCAAGUUAAUUAUAUUCUACCGCCAAAUGAAGUCCCAGUUUUUUCUCUCAAUAACAACAAUCCAUUUCAAAAUCAAUUAGCUCAAGGUUUCAUGAUACCCAUAAAUCCAUUUGAACAGAAUAUUAUGCCUUCUAAUCCAAUGAUUCCUAAUUUGAAACCAAGUCUUUAUUUUCUAACUAAUGAUUCAAAAUUAAUUCCUUAUUAUGGUUUCGUAACUGGAAUAAAUGACAGUAAUAAUGCAACUAUUACUUCAGAUCAAGUUCCACAGAGUAAAGAAAACAAUAAUAAUGUAAAUUUAUUAGAAGUAAAUGAUAAAAUUGAUGGAAUAGAUUCGACUAAUGCUACAUAUUCUAAAGAUGAUGAAAUUGGACCAGAACUAGCAACAAAAACCAGCGUCACCUUUGAAACUGUUGCUGAUGAUAUGCCAAUAGAUUUAACAAUGAAACCAAAUACAGAAGAGAAUUUGACUUAUGAAGUUCCUUUUGAUUAUGAAACUUAUGAUAUGCAACCAAUAGAUUUAACUAUAGAUAUGCAACCAUUAGACUUGAAAAUAAAACUGAAGACAUCACCGGUACUUGAUACUAAACAAACAGAGCAAAAUUCAUUACCGGUCAAAGACAAAACUGUUCCCGAAACAUAUUCUGAUUUUUCUAUACCUCAUUCUUCCUUGACAAAGAAGUCAAAAAAAAAUAAAACACGAAAGGUAAAAAAGUAUCUUAAAUUUUUCGAUGAAAGUAAAGGGCUUUACAUAUGCAAAGAAUGCAAUUAUUCAACUAUAUAUGUAUCAGUAUUUAAAAAGCAUGUCAAAAUUCAUAUGCGUGAACGCCGCUUCAGUUGCCCUCAUUGUUCAGUAGUUAAUUACUCAAAAUAUAACUUAAUGAUGCAUAUACGCACUCACACGAAUGAGAAACCAUAUGAGUGUGAUAUUUGUUCGAUGAAAUACAGUCAAGCCAUAACUCUGAAAGAACACAAACUUCGUCACGAAAAAAGUCUUUCAACGUCUGAUGAAAUACUCCAGUGUUCUGUUUGUCAAAAAAUUUUUCCAGAUCGAGAAUACUUGAGAGUUCAUAAAAAGGAGCACAAAAAAGGGAAAUUUUAUAAAUGUGCGAUUUGUCUAUUUACGACAAAGUGGUUAGUUUCAUUUAAAAACCAUGCUGAGGUACACAAAAAACGUGGUUUUUAUGUUUGCAAUGAAUGCGGUAGGUCAUUGAAACACAAGAAAUCGUUGAGAACACACUUGGUUCAAUUUCACAGUUUACAGUUCAGAAGAAAAUCUACUCGUGUUCCAUUAUCAAAAAAGUUAAAAGAUUCAUGUUUAAUCAAUCAGUCAUAAGACUAUAGUUGAUGGUUUUAACUUUGCGUUAUAAUAAAAUGCAACAAGAAGUUUAAUUGCACCCAUAAGAAUCAUUGAUGAUCAAGAAAAUUUAAAACUAGCCGUGCCGAAUUGUCGGUGGAUUCAUUCAUUUCACUAAGAUUGAGAAAUCGGAAUCACUUAUAUUAAAUUUUAAUAUAAAUCAUCGAUAUUUCAAUAGUACUUAGAGUAAUUUAAAAAAUAAAUUUUUACAUUUAAAGUUACAAUACAUUAUUUGAUAAUAAUAAUAAUUCAUGAAAAAAUAAACAUUUGAUGAAAGUAAUAAGAUUAAUCUUAAAAUUAAUGAGUGAAAAUUAUAAAGCAAACUUUCAAUAUACUUGGU